ACAACCACUACUACCUCUCUUAGCUCCACGUCCUUGGCACCAUAAUGCAAAUCUUUGUGAAGACUCUCACCGGAAAGACCAUCACUCUUGAGGUCGAAUCGUCCGACACCAUCGACAACGUCAAGGCAAAGAUUCAAGACAAGGAAGGCAUCCCUCCUGAUCAACAACGUUUGAUCUUUGCUGGAAAACAAUUAGAGGAUGGCAGGACCCUAUCUGAUUACAACAUCCAGAAGGAGUCGACUCUACACCUUGUCUUGCGUCUGCGUGGUGGUAUGCAGAUCUUCGUCAAGACCUUGACUGGCAAGACUAUUACUCUGGAGGUCGAGUCAUCUGAUACUAUCGACAAUGUCAAAGCCAAGAUUCAAGACAAGGAGGGUAUCCCUCCUGAUCAACAGCGCUUGAUUUUUGCUGGCAAGCAGCUGGAAGAUGGUCGCACCCUGUCCGACUACAACAUCCAGAAGGAGUCUACUCUUCAUCUAGUUCUCCGUCUUCGUGGCGGUAUGCAAAUCUUCGUCAAGACGUUGACAGGCAAGACCAUCACCCUCGAGGUCGAGUCGUCCGACACGAUUGACAAUGUCAAGGCGAAGAUUCAGGACAAGGAGGGUAUCCCACCCGACCAACAGCGUCUGAUCUUUGCUGGCAAGCAGCUCGAGGAUGGUAGGACGUUGUCUGACUACAACAUACAGAAAGAGUCGACUCUUCAUCUGGUCUUGCGACUACGUGGUGGCAUGCAGAUUUUUGUCAAGACGUUGACUGGGAAGACUAUUACGUUAGAGGUUGAGUCAUCCGACACUAUCGAUAAUGUCAAGGCGAAGAUCCAGGACAAGGAGGGGAUUCCGCCCGAUCAGCAGCGUCUUAUCUUUGCCGGCAAGCAACUCGAAGAUGGACGGACGCUCUCUGAUUAUAACAUUCAGAAGGAAUCGACGUUGCAUCUGGUGCUCCGUCUUCGCGGGGGUAUGCAAAUUUUCGUGAAGACGCUAACCGGCAAGACCAUUACGUUGGAGGUUGAGUCGUCUGACACGAUUGACAAUGUCAAGGCGAAGAUCCAGGACAAGGAGGGUAUCCCGCCUGACCAGCAACGUCUGAUCUUUGCCGGCAAACAAUUGGAGGAUGGUCGUACACUUUCGGACUAUAACAUUCAGAAGGAGUCGACUCUUCAUCUCGUUCUUCGUCUCCGUGGUGGCCUCUGAAUGUCUGCAUGUGAAUGGUGGAGUUUUGUAAUAAUAUGAUGAUUAUGUAGAAACAAGAAUACAAUUUAUAAGUGUACGU